AUGGUGUUGGUCAGUUUGAGAACAGUCCAUAGGCAGUUCUUAGGCGUUUUCGAAGAAUCCGCCGCCCACUUCGAGGCGCUGGCUCUGAUCAGCAUGUCCGCCCUUUCCCCCAAGCGGUGGCGCGUGGGGGAGAGGGUGGAGGUUUCCCGCCAUGGGGCGGGCCUUCAGGGGGGAUGGUUCACUGCCGUGCUGCUGGCGGUAGACAGAGGCGCGCAGACGGGUUCAGUGCGGUACGAGGAGAUGAUGGAGGCCGAUGGGGUGACCCGGCUGAGUGAACACGUCAGCUUGGAUCAGAUCCGCCCCGUGCCACCUGGCAUGGAAGGAGACGACCCUGCCACGUGGGACGAGGGCCAUGCAGUGGAGGCUUGGCACAACAACGCCUGGUGGAUCGGCACCAUCCUCGGCCGAACCACGCCCGAACCUGACUCUCCCGGCGCCGCACCUGGCUCUAGGCUCGGCACUGAGGCUGAGGUGCUGGCGUUCCGAGUGUGCUUGCAGGGAUCAGAGGAGCAGAAGGUGUUUCUGGCCCCGUGUCCUCAUGCUCUACCGGAUGCUGCAACUGCACGUAUUGGUGAUUCUUCAACGGAAGCUGUAACUGAUCCAUCCGAUGCUGCAGGUAUGGCGGCUGCUGCUGCAGUGGAAGGUGAGGUCGUAAUGGGGGAACAAGCGACAGCUUUUGAGGCGCGUCGCAAGACAUCAGGGGCCGAGGCUGAGGGAGGAGUUGGCAGAGGGGAUGGUGAAAAGAGGGAUGGUGGGGCGAAUACUGGAAUGAACGAGAAGGGUGGAGAGGAGGGUGGAGAUGAGAAGGGAGGGGAGGGUGUAGAUGAGAAGGGAGGGGAGGGUGUAGAUGAGAAGGGAGGGGAGGGUGUAGAUGAGAAGGGAGGGGAGGGUGGAUAUGAGAAGGGUGAGGAGGAGAAGUGCCAAGGCAGUGAGGAAGAAGGGAAAAAGGUUACUGGUCUAGCCACAAUUCUUGGCAGCAAAGCAGGCAUCUAUGCGCUCUCAUUUGGUUCAGUGGAAGGGGAGGGGGUUAGGCAAGGAGUGGAAGAGGAGGGGCCGGGCCAAGGUGGGGGCUUGAAACCAGACGAGGGGGGUGGGCGUGAGCGCUCGUCAGCAGAUGGCACCUGUCAGAGUAACCCCUCCCAGGAUGACCCAUGGGAUCUGAGUGCUGCAGAUGCUGCUGUCAGUGCUGCCACUGCUCCUGCAUUUGUGGUUUACAAGCGGAGAAAGACGGUUCAGGGAUGGCUGGGAACGAACCCGGCAGGCAGCAAGGUAGAGUUGCACACACUCAAGGGGAUUUUUGAGGUGGAGGAGAAUGAGACGGAGGUUGAGAGCGGUGGUGGUGUGAGAUCCGGGAGUGGGGAUGGUAAGAGUGCAGUUGGUGGGAAGGUGAGGAAGAGGGAGGGGCUUGUGCGGCAGUGCAAGGGAAAGAGAGGGGGAGAGCAGAGGCGAUUAGUAGACGGUAGAGACGGAGGAGGAGGGAGAGAAGGUGUUUUGAAGGCCACCGCACAUGUAGCUAGCAGCAAUCCGCCUUCCACCCCCAAUGCCACGUUGAAAUCACCUGCUCUAUUGAAAUCACCUGAUCUGCUGAAAACACCUGAUCUGCUGAAAGCAUCUGCUGCACAUCUCACCACUCCCACAGUACCACCAGCCACUCCUGCUAUUGGCACACAUGCCAUUGGUGCCCCUGCUGUUGGUGCUCCUGCCACCCCUGCAACCAUGCCUGCAACCCCCAUGGUGGCUGGGGAAAAGCUGCGGGGGCAGCGGGUCCAACUGAAGGGCCAAGUGGGAGGCCAAGUGGGAGGCCAAGUGCAGGACCAGUUGCAGGGGCAACUGGCGAAGGCGGCUUCUGAAACGCCUCAGGACAGGCGAGGAGCAGGAGAAAGGUUAGGUGGUGGGAGGAGCAGUGAGGACGUGGAUGAUGGGGAGGAGGAGGUGGAGGAGGAGGAGGAGGUGGAGGAGGUGGAGGAGGUGGGAGAGGAGGUGGGGGAGCAGAACUUGGCAGGUGAGGGAGUGGUGGUGGUGGUGGGGAGUGAGGAUGACGGAGUGGAGGCGGUGGGGGAAGGGUGUGGGGGAAAAGGUGGAAUGGAGGUGAAAGGGAGUGGGGCGAGGACAGGAGAUGAGAUAAAGCUGGAGGAGGUGGAAGGGAGGAAGGUUCUUGAUGAUGGUGAUGAUGCUUAUGAUGGGGAUGAGGAUGAUGAUGCAUAUGCUGAUGAUGGUGAUGGUGACGAUGAUGUGGUGGAGGUGGUGGGGGAGGAGGGGUGUGUGAGCAUAGUGCGGCAGGGACCAGCAGCAGCAGCAACAGCGAUGGGGUAUCAUGUCUCGGUGACCUCGCCAUCCGCACUCACCACCGCAGCAGGCCGAGCCAAUGUGUCUGGACAUGGGCAUGCACAUGGACACGGACACGGGUCAGCAGGGCUUACAGACAAGGCACGUGCAAGAGCACAUGGAGGGGGGCAGGGGAUAACGUGGGAUAAGGAGGUGUUGCUCACAGACCUGCGUAGGGCUUUAAGUAUCUCGAAUGACCAGCACUCUCGGCUGCUUGCUGCUCUGCUGUCACGGAGUGGGGUGCGAGAUGCCAGCUGGGUGUGGAGGCCACUCACCUCUUGGAAGGAUCCUCGUCCGCGUUCUCCCAAAUCCAGCCGUCUGCUGUACACGCUCCGCCCGUCCUCGCCCCCUAGGCAGCGCUCCCCUCCCCGCCUUCCCACGGCUGCUGCUGCUCUCUACAGCACAGGGCAUGCCCUGGACGGCUCCCCUCGUCUCCGAUCCGCAGCUGCUGCCUCUGCUGCUGGCCGCAGCCUGUUCCUGGGACAGAGGAGCUUGAUCCUGGGUCAGCCUGGGAAAAGGUCUCCACCCACGUUGGACUUCAGAAGGCUUCGAAUCGCAAACGAGGCGGGACCAGCAGAGAGCGCUACAUCGGACGCCAAUGGCACUGCGCUGAGCCCCACUGCGUCCCCCGAGGACACCAUCCAGGCGCUCAAGGCGUCCCUCGCCGCCGCAGAGGAGGCCGCAGCCAGCGCGCUGCAAGCCAAGGAGCUCGCUCUAGAAGCAGUAACCGUGGCGGAAGCAAAGGUCGAAGCCAUGUCUGCUCAGAUGGUCCUGACCACGGAAGAGGCGGUUAAUGAGGUAGAGGCGGCUAAGGAGAAGUUUAAAGAGGAGGUAGCGAGGCUGCAGCGGGAGAAGGAGGAGGUGGAGCAGCAGCUAGCGCAGGCUAAGCAGGAGGGGAUUGAUUUGGCGAUGAAGGUAGAGCAGAUGGCGGCGCUGGCAGUGCAGGAGCAGACUCAGGCCGUGGCGGAGGACGCGCGGCUCAAGAUCGCCGCGGCCAAGGCGGAGGCGGCAGAUCUGGCCGCGCAGAUGGAGGAGAGGAUCAGGCUCGCUGCGGAUGAGGCUGCUGCUGCUGUGAUCGAGGAGGCGAAGGCAACGAUAGAGGACGCGAUAGCAGCUGCGGACAUCGCCAAGGAGCAGGCAAGGUCGGCGGAGGCGGCGCUGCAGGAGCGUUUGGAUGUCUUGGACCGCCUGGGGCACGCGGAGGUGGCGCUCAUGCGCUCCGAGGAGCAGCGCACGGCGCUGCAGCUGAAGCUGGAGCAGGCGGAGAGUGAAAAGGAGACCCUGCGGAUGGAGAUCAAGGCGGCCAUUGCGCGUGCGGAAGCUGCGGAGUCGCGCAUAGUGUCAACGCAGGCAGCAGUGGCGGAGAUCCAGGCGCUGGCUGAGAGGACGGCCAAGGAGAGAGAGGACGCCACUGAGAGGGCGCUAGAGGCCAUGCGGCUGGCCUCAGAGGGCAGGGAGAAGGCGGCAGCACUGGCGUACAAGGCGGAGACGGAGAGUCUGAGGGCGGCAGCCAUGGCAGCACAGAAGGCGGACAAGGUCAAGGACCAGGCUGUGGCACGCCGCUUCGCUGCGCUGCAGAGGAGCCUGGCGGCCGCCGAGGAGAGCACGAGGAAGUGGAGGGAGCGGUGCCUGGCAGUGGAGGAGCUGUUUGCCCUGGCCAAAUCGCGUGGGCUGGAUGCUGUGAAGGAACCGUCUGCGCCUGCCCCUGCUGUUCCGGCUGUUCCCGCUGCGCCUGUGGAGGCGGAGGUUGGCGAAGCGGUGGCGCGCGGGCGCAUGGACGUGAUGCUGGGGACGCAGUCGGAGAGGUGGCGCAUUCUGGCCGACGGGCCCCGGAGGGAGCGCCCCGAGUGGCUGCAGCGCAAGACGCUCACGAGCACCCCACUGCCAUCGCUGCCUAUCUCUGUGGAGCUGGAGAACGUGCAGGCUGCUGUGCCUCUAAAGCUGCCCACUCCUGAUGACGUGUGGUCGAUUGCUCUGCACAAGGUGGCGGACGACAAGUUCACAAAGGAGGCAGAGGCGCGCGAGGCGGAGGCAAAGGAGAUCGAGGAGAAGCGCAAGGAGCUGGAGCGCGCCCUGCAGCGCAAGGCGCCCAAGCGGAUCCGGUCGCCCGAGGAGCUGGAGGAGAGCAAAGAGUCUGGCACGGGAAGUGGUCGCGAGGUCGUGAUCCAGGCGUUCAACUGGGAGAGCAACAAGCGCGACUGGUACCUGGAGCUCGCCCCCAGAGCUGCUGACAUGGCAGCCUGUGGCAUCACCGCUGUGUGGCUGCCACCUCCUACGGAAUCUGUCUCUCCCCAAGGGUACAUGCCGGUAGACCUGUACAACCUCAACUCGUGCUACGGCACCAAGGAGCAGCUGCAGUAUUGCAUCGACGAGCUUCACAACCACGACCUCCUCGUGCUGGGAGACGUGGUGCUGAACCACCGCUGUGCGUCCAAGCAGAGCCCCGAGGGCAUUUGGAACAUCUUUGGUGGCAAGCUGGCGUGGGGACCAGAAGCCAUUGUCAGGGACGACCCCAACUUCCAUGGCCGGGGCAACCCCAGCAGCGGUGACAUAUUCCACGCGGCGCCCAACAUUGAUCACUCGCAGGACUUCGUGCGGAAAGACAUCUGCGAGUGGCUGCGCUGGCUGCGUGCCGACGUUGGCUAUGACGGCUGGCGCCUGGACUUUGCUCGUGGGUUCUGGGGCGGGUAUGUGAAGGAGUACAUAGAGGCGUCAAGCCCUGCGUUCUGCAUCGGGGAGUAUUGGGACAGCCUCAGCUACGAGGGCGGCACCGUCUCCUACAACCAGAACGCGCACAGGCAGCGCAUCAUCAACUGGAUCAACGCUACUGGAGGCACCUCCUCUGCCUUUGACGUCACCACCAAGGGCAUUCUGCAUGCGGCACUGCACAACGAGUAUUGGCGGUUGAUCGACCCGCAGGGCAAGCCACCUGGCGUCAUGGGGUGGUGGCCGUCUCGAGCCGUCACCUUCCUCGAGAACCACGACACUGGCUCCACUCAGGGCCACUGGCCCUUCCCACGUGAGAAGCUCCUGCAGGGAUACGCCUACAUCCUCUCCCAUCCCGGCACGCCGGUGGUGUUUUAUGAUCAUCUGUACGAGUUCGGCAUUCACGAUCAAAUUGCGGAGCUGAUUGCUGCCCGGAAGCAUGCGGUUGUGCACUGCCGAUCGCCAGUGAAGAUUUUCCAUGCAGUGGCGCAGGGGUAUGUGGCGCAGGUUGGGGAUAACUUGGUGGUGAAGCUUGGGCACUUCGACUGGAACCCGUCCCGGCAGAACGAUCUGAUGGGGCGCUGGGAGAAGCUGGUCGACAAGGGGAAUGAUUACAUUCUCUGGGAGAAAACGGGGUCCUGA